GAAUUAUCAAUUUAUAUCAUACCUACAGGUAGGUAGGUAGGUACAAAACAUUAGGUCAGUGUAGUUUAUUCCUACUAUGCGUGCGUACAAUACCCAGGUAGGUUGUCGGUGUUAAAGCUAGGUGCUAAUAACUUAUUCCGUAUCCCCUGAUCUGACGCUAUGAUGUGAGGGAUCCGAUUAGCUUCACCGCUAGCUUCCAUCGGUUCUUGCCCACCACUUGGCGACACCUCCCGCAAGAUCCGUCUUUCUAGUAUAAACAAGGCCUAGCGCACAGCAGUAGCUCUUAAGUCUGGUUUCUAAAGCCCACAAAUCAUGCCAAGCAUCUCGGAAUCAGACGAUGCUCCCCUCUAUCUCCGACCAGACGAAUGCUCCAGAAAAGCCCCCAAGAAUCAUCACAAGACGUCGUGGAGCAUGUACAGGCUGUAAACUCAGAAAGAUUCGCUGCAAUGGAGGAGCGCCUUGCUCUGCCUGUGAUCGGAGCGGUUUCGUUUGCAAUUAUGAGCCUCGACACAGGAAACCCUCUUCCAGUCGGGAGCUCGAUCUACAAACGUCAGAAACACCUUGCGUGUUAGACCGGGACAGAGAUUCGUCGCCAAGAUCCAUAGGGGGCGGGAGCAUCACCGGACCACAACCCCCCUUUCUGACGGAUAACUCAUCUACAAUGUUCUCAUUAGACACCACUGAUUUCGAUUUUAUACUGUCGCCCGAGGCAGCUUCACUCCCGAAUAUCUCGGAGAGCCAGCACAUCACACAUGCUCCUUUUUCAUAUGAUCAUGAUUCUAUCGAGGGGAUUCAGAGUUCACAGCAUCCAGCAUUUAAUUCCGCGACCUUUCGAUCCCGGUCGCUAGAAAUAGGGGAUAUUGGAGACAGAAGAAAUAUUGAUACUCCUCGUGCUCCUUCACCUCCAAUAUUAGAACGAGGAGUAGUUUCUGCGGUUCCCCAAGGAUUGAUGCAGUAUUUUCGAGAAGAUGUGGAAGUCGACUUUCGUUCCUCUACAUCCUUCGGCCUAGCAAAGUUACCUCCAACACGAAAAGAUUCAAAUAAGCAUCGCGAAAUCUGUCGGAUAUUACAUAAUUUAACAUCGAAUGGACAAACGUGGGCAUCGCCAUCGUUGAAUGUUAAAGAUGUUAAUAAGAGUAUUCGUUCAAUUUGGGUAGGAGAAAGUGAUGCGACUAUCCAGGGAUAUAUUGAAGGCAAGUCCCAUGAGGAUGAGAGUUAAUUACAUCUUUCACUAAAUACUUACCUACCUACCUAUUCACUCAGCAUGCUUCGAAAGUAACGCAGAGUAAGCAGCAUCUCAGUAACAGUCCGCUGUCGGCACGAAAUGAUUAAGUGUAUGUCUCAGAGUUCAAAUGUUUCUGCGGAAGGC